CCUUCUCGCAGCCGCCACCGAGAUUGUGGAAACCAGUGACGACGCUGGUCCACGUCAGCAUCGGCAACCCAAUUCGCUUCCUUCCAUUCCCCUUGCUGGUCGUGCAGAGGCAGCUAUAUCAACCCUCGAAGAUUCCCCCGCUUCUGCAUCGAUAUUCUCCUCAUUUCGGAUAGCCCACCAUAUCACUACGGGUCCAUUUCUCUCGUCUUUGCUGAUUUAGAACGCCUACGCUAUCGACACUAAUCCGCGGGAUCGAUAUAUGAUUUGAUACUGCACUCAGACCACCAAGUGAUUACUUCGUCCCUGCUCGCUCGAUUAUCUGGUCGCCUGGCAAGCAAAUCUCUCAUCCCGGACUCUCGCCAUUAUCGCCUCACAAACAAGCACGCAGCCCAGUACCUCUGCCCUUCAAUUCUUCUGAUGUUCAAAAUCUCGAGGUCACAACGUUACUUUGUUGGUCUACUGGUUCUGGAAUUUAUCCUGAUUCUCUGUAUUCGAUGGAUCAUAAGGAAGCCGCUCGAGUCCGUAAAUCUGGACAAUCAGUCUGUCGAGGUCAAUGUCAGUUCCUCAGUCGACGGUAACCGGCAACAGCUGCAGCACCCAGACAUCAACCUGACGGCCAUCAUGAGCGGCGAAAUACAGCUCCCAGAGUUCAAGUAUUUUCACGAAGCCCCAUUCAAGCUUCACGUCGAUGCGCGCUUUGAUACAACCAAAACAAGCAACAUGGUCCGCAUCGUCAAUAUCCAGGAAGAGAGCACGUAUCGCCUCGAGCGACUCCGCGCCCUCUUCAAGGCCUGGACAGAGUUCACCUCGAAGCACGGCAUUGAGGCCUGGAUUGCCCAUGGAACGCUUCUGGGGUGGUACUGGGGAAAGAAGAUCCAGACCUUUGACGACGACAUUGACGUCCAGAUGCGGCUGGAGGAGUUUGUCAAGCUGAUCCCCUUCAACAAAACCAUGAUCUCAGACACGGCCCUGCUCGACAUCAAUCCGCAUUUUGUCAAUCGCACGAUUGUCAAAGACUGUCUCAACAUGAUCGAUGCCCGCGUUAUCGACACUGCCAGCGGGUAUUUCAUCGACAUUACAGCAGUAAUUCCUGAGAACAUUACCACCUGGGACGGCUUUGGACACGGCAACACCACUCUGACGUGGAUAUGCAAGUCUCCAUGGCGCUUCAAGGACGAGCACAUCUUUCCACUUGUGCAUGUUGAGCUUGACGGAUGCUCGACGUUCCGCCCGUACAACACCGAAGCGCUUCUGGAGCAAGAAUAUCGCCACUGGAAAUCACCGAGUAUGUACAUCUACAAGGGCAUGUACCACUACGAUCAAAAGCAGAAGCGCUGGAUCGCCAAGCCGCGGGGUCGGAGGAUACAAGAACAAUUCAAGCCACUCAAGCUGACGGAUGACCCAGUGUCUCGCAAGAUGUGAUGGCUGGCUCGCCUCCUGUCUUGCAUCGUUGCAUGUGUUGUGCAAGCGGAAUAAAGCACCGCUGUGUCAACGAUAUUGGUUGUGUUCGGGACAGUGGUAAUACGAUGGGAAAGGCCUGUAUGCAUGGAUGGAAUAGAUUCGAUAUGUAGGAAUAACGAGAAUAACCGCGAACAAGACCG